CCUCAUUUGUCCGCGAAUCAGCCCCUGGGUGUCCACAGGGUCGGGGUGGAAAGCGGAAGGGGACUCCGUUCAUGAAGGAUGAAGUUGUUAGGUGUUCUAUUAUUCCUCGGCUCCAGGCUGCUACCUAGUAGGACCGACCCUGUACCUCAAGAUGUCGACUGCAACAAUUCUGAUGUCUUCAAAGCUGUGGACCAGGCCCUGCGGUGGUAUAACGAACACCAAAAAGGUGGCAAUCAGUUUCUGUUGUACAGGGUAACCGAAGCCUCGCUGACGGUUGACUCCGAUACCUUUUACUCAUUAAAAUACCAGGUAAGGGAAGGUGACUGUCCUGUCCAAAAAGACAAACACUGGCAAGAUUGUGACUACCGAGAACCUGUAGAAGCUGCCACUGGAGAAUGCACAGCUACAGUAAAGACAAAGAAUAAAGAAAAAUUCACAGUGACUACGCAGACUUGCCAAAUUACUCCGGCUGAAGGCCCAGUGAUUAAAUCGCAUUACGAAUGCUUUGGAUGUCUACAUCCUAUCUCCCCUGCCAGCACAGACUUAAUUCCAAUCUUGAAACACGCCCUUCAGUAUUUCAACAACAAAAGUGAUCAUACUUUCCUCUUCCAAGUUAACCAAGUGAAAAAGGCCCAAAGACAGGUGGUGGCUGGAUGGAACUUUAAUGUUCACUACACGGUUAUACAAACUAAUUGUUCCAAGAAGGAGUACAGAGAGAUGCUUCCAGAGUGCAAACCCUUGGCUGGUGGUGAUACUGGUGAAUGCAGUGAUAGAGCAUUUGUGGAUCCUCAAAUGAAAAUUACAGGCUUUGUACAGAAUUGUGAGCUUUUUCCAGGACUGGGAUGGAUUCCACCACCUGUCUUAGAUUGCCCCGGUUGCCCCCGACAUCUACCGGUCAACAGCCCCGAACUGAAGGAGCCGCUGAAACAUUCCCUCGAAGCAGUGAAUUCGGCGAAUAAUUACACAUUCUAUUUCAAGGUGGAAAAGGUCACAAAGGCUACAUUCCAGGUGGUGGCCGGAGAAAAAUUUUCGAUUGAGUUUCUUGUCAGGCAGACCAAAUGCUCCAAGGAAGACAAUGAAAAGAUGCCCGAAGACUGUGAGCCUAACAAUGAUGGAAAAGUUUUAAACUGCAGUGCUGUGGUUAACAUCGUGCCUUGGGAGAAUAAAGUGUAUCCCACUGUCACGUGCGAGGAGCAUGGAAUGACUUCAUUCCUGAAAAGACCACCGGGAUUUUCUCCUUUCCGAUCAGUACAGAUGUCCGCUACAGAAGGAACAAAUGUAAGUCCUCCCCAACCUCCACAGGCACCUGAUCAAGAUGAAGAGCAGGCUCCGGGAAAAAGACGUGGACACGCCCUUGGCCAUGACAAUGGUCAUGGCCACAGGCUGGGCCAUGGUCGUGGCCAUGGAUGUAAAAAAGCCCAUGACCUCGAACGGAGACCCGAGUGCAAUCGUGGCCAGGGAAAACACAAAAAUAAGGACAAGCCCAGAGGAAAGCACAAUGGUUGGAAAAAAAACUGUCCGGAAGACAAUACUAAUCCUUCCCAACCGGAACAGAUAAAUCCCGAGGAACCGGAGACUCUGCCGCCUAUUUUGACACCUACCCACCAACCCCAGCUAGAGAGAGCUGUUACUUUUUCAUAUUUUCAAGAUUCAGAUCUCCUUUUGCCCGAUACGCCUCCGAUCGCAUUACCCUCCUCUGAUGGAGAUCUUUUCCCUGAAAUCCAAAGUGAACCCAAGGACUUUUCCCUUGGAUUAUUAGAUUUUCCAGAACCUCCCCCCCAGAAAUGUCCCGGGCGCCCCUGGAAACCAAUUAAGGGGAUGGACAUUGCCACAGAAGAGACACAGUUUGAUGACUUCGAUCUCUCGGAUGCUGCAGAAUAAUUUCUACAGCUAUUAGGCUUCUCUGGGGCCUUCUCCAUCCCUCUGAACAAAUCCAAAAUUCCCAAUAUCAGUGAUUAGGAAAGGCAAAACCUCAAAACGACCUGGGAAGAAAGAGGGCACCUCCCAAUAUAAGCAUUAUGAGCCCCGAUAGAGGACCCGAAAGUUAAUGGCAGAACUCUAAAUUGGGCCUCGAGUUCUGUUCUCUCAUGGGCUUUUUCCAAAAAUGUACUGAAGUGUAGUGAUUUGAAGCUGCUGAGUCCCAGGAGCCCCGCUGAAACUUUUUGUGUUCAGUAGCAUUUUGUGGAUUGUCCAGCUUAUAACGACUAGGGCAGCGUAUUCCCCGCAUGAUCUAAAAGAUAUGUAACAGAAAUAAAAAAGAAUGCAAAACCUUUUGA